UAUGUAUAUCUCCCUCGACGCCACCUCCUCUUGCUCGAGUUCGGAGUGAUUGUCGAAGAAAGUAAUUGGUCGGUUCGACCGCCUGUCUCUCUAACGGAGCAGAGGGACUGAGCCUUAUAAAAGCCACUGAAAAUACAUGUCACUCGAUAGUUUUAUAACUGCACCGUGGAAGUACACUCACAAUGGAGUUACCGAAAUUAAUAAUAUUACUAUGCUGCACGUACUACAGUUUUGCAUCGGAUCAUUCCCACAUAAUUCCUGUGGAAAAAUAUGAAACAGAACUUCAGGACCUCGGACAACACGUGGAUAUACCAGAAACUCCUGUCAAAGUUGUAAAGAUAACGAAGACAAUUGCGGUUAAAAUCCCAGUACCAUAUCCAGUAAAAGUGGUAGAAAAAGUUCCGUAUCCAGUUCACGUGUCUAAGCCCUAUCCCGUGCCUGUGCCACAUAUUGUGCAUGUUCCUCAUCCCGGUAAAUCUAAAUCUUUCGGAGGACACGAGGCUAUCGACGUCAGUCAUGCAAGUCUGCAACACGGUGGUCAGGACGAUUCCCAAUACAAAGUGCAAGAUUCACCAUCCUAUGACACAUCAAGCGGCGGACAUUCAUUCGGACCAGCAGCCGGAGGACAAUAUUUCCAGGGAAACUCUAAUCACGGACAAUCGUUCGGUGCGCAUGACGACGACCAUUCUUUCGAAGGCGGCUCGUAUGAUGCCCCCAAUAGCUAUUACGGUUAUUCCGGCGACAAUGACGGACACGGUUCUUUCGAAUCGAAAAGUUACGACCUAGCUUUAAAGGAGUACCUUCAAAAACAGAAGAGCGGAGGAAACUUCCAUAACCACUAACUUUCUAAAUGAGUUUUCCGACGUGGUUAACCUAAUAUAUAUAACUUGUACAGGUACCUGACUGAAUAUUAUGCAAUAAGCAUGUUGUAAUUGCAAUACCUAAGUACAUUGUGUGAUGAAAUUAAUGGACUCGGAACGAAUAACACGUGCUUUUUGUUGUCACCUUUUGUUACUAGAUGUGUAAUAUUGUUAAUUUCGAAAUAAAUUAUUAAUACAC